UUUUUUUUUUUAAGGGAGCAAAGGAAGAAGACAUCUCGACAAGUAAAGCGCCCUUCCCUGUAUGUGGUGGGUGAGAUGAACUCCAGUGGGAAUACUGUAGACCCCACCUGACAGCUCUCUGCCUGAGCAACUGAAGGAUUUUCACUGGAGCUUCCACAACCACAGAAUUGGAUUUGUAUAAAAAGCAGUUUGCCUAAAACCCAGCAUCUCAACAGUUGUGCUCACUUUUAAUGAGAUAAUUUAAAAUACUUGUGUUAUAUGAUGUAUAUCUUUACAGAUGAUAAAAUCCUGAAGACAUUAUGAACUAGAUGAAAGUGAAAAAAAAGGAUACAAGUGUACUGAAAGCCAAGUAAUGGAAACCCCUAAUUUCAGUCUCCUCUUGACCUCUGAUUUUUUCUCCUCCUGUGUGAUGUGCACAUCUUUCCCAGUCCUUGAAUAGCGCCCCACUUCUUUUCUGCAUCCCACACAAUCACAUAUUUUCCUGCUCCACCUUGUCAAUUCAGUGGUUGCUUUCUACCCAGAGUUCAGCCUGGCCGGCACAACCAUUCCAGCUAAAGGGGAGGAGGACUUCCUCACGCUGGCAGCCUCACGGCUCAGCCGAAAGAAACGUGUCAUCGGGGCUGGAGUCGGCGUGGCCAUGGUUCUGGUCCUGCUAGUGGCCAUUCCCCUAUUGGUCCACACCACCAAGGGGGGAGGGUCCGGAGGAGGGGGCACGCAUUAUGAGAUGCUGGGGAGCUGCAAGAUGGUGUGUGACACUUUCACCCCCCCACAGGGAGAGCUGACAGCCGUCUCCCCGCAGCCACCAGACUUCCCAAACCGCAGGGGCAAACAGGGGUUCAGAGGAAGCCCUGGACUUCCUGGUCCUCCAGGUCCUAAAGGCCCCCCUGGAGAGCCCGGUAAACCUGGCCCACCUGGCCCACCAGGGCCUGGACCUGGUGGCUAUGGCCCUUCCUUCUACAGCCCUAAAAUCGCCUUCUAUGCCGGCCUCCGGAAACAACACGAAGGGAAUGAAAUACUCAAGUUUGAUGACGUGGUGACCAAUGUAGGGAACUACUAUGAGCCAAGUACCGGCAAGUUCACCUGUCCUCUGCCAGGUAUCUACUACUUCACCUACCACGUCCUGAUGAGAGGAGGUGAUGGGACGAGCAUGUGGGCAGACCUGAAGAAGAAUGGACAGGUGAGGGCCAGUGCAAUCGCUCAAGAUGCAGAUCAGAACUACGACUACGCCUCCAACAGUGUUAUCCUGCACCUGGACGUGGGGGAUGAAGUGUGUGUCCAGCUGGAUGGCGGCAAAGUUCAUGGAGGAAACACCAACAAAUACAGCACCUUCUCUGGCUUCCUCAUCUACCCUGACUGACAAUGUCCGCACAUUCUUAUACUCCCCCUCUGUAAUCAAGCAAAAAUUUCAUCUCCUUUCUUCAUCUAACA